AUGGAAAGCGACAUCCCGGCCAGCGAGGAUUCCCGCAAGCGUGCUCGUGAGAGUAUCUCACGAAUCGCCGAAUUUCGCAAAGCACAAAUCCUACCCAAUUCCCAAGAUGCAGAACCCAGCAGGGAUGACCAACCCACCGAGAAUCGCGAGGUAGCAGAUGAUAAUGAGCUAUUUGUCUCGCAAUCACCUGCUCCGAAACGCAUUCGCCGCAUACCUCUACUAAAUAACGCGGAGGUCCGUGAGAGUAUCGCGGUUGGUACAGCUAGUUACUAUUCUAGCCAUAAAGGAUCUGGGCCUCGGAAUGCCUUUCGUUCCUUGAAUCCUAAGGGUGGCACUGCUUCUCGAAAGGAAAAACUCAAAUCGAAAGCUAAUGAAAUCGACUUUGAAACGCUGUUCCGAUCAGAUAUCAUUACAGACGGCCAGGCAAUUGCUGGGCUUCAGCCAAUUCCCACAUCUACGCUGGGUAAUAAGGCAAAAGCUCUCGCUGAGUUGCUCGCUAGUAUCCCAACAUCUGAUCGGGAGGAGGCAAAGCCAGACAAACAAGCCAUACUAGAGGCCACCAGAAAGUUCGAACGGAUGAUCAGGAGUGAUAAGGCGGGAGGUUGGAAACACCCUUCGUUGAAGACAAGUCUUUACCAUCAUCAGCUUCUCGGAGCGGCAUAUAUGCGAACCCGUGAAAAGUCACCUGAAAUGCCUCGUGGUGGCAUGCUCUGCGAUGUCAUGGGCCUUGGAAAAACAAUUCAAACCUUGGCAAAUAUCGUUGACGGAGAACGGGUUUCACUGGAUGACAAUGCCAACACGACCUUGAUUGUCGUACCUAGAGCUUUGAUAGAUCACUGGAAGGUACAAAUAUCCACGCACGUCGAAGAUGGUGUUUUGCGAGUUCUAUACUGUCAUGCAGGUAGUCGAUUCGAAGCUAGUGAUAUGGUAGAUACAAUUUUGCGGAGCAACGUCAUACUCGCGAGCUAUGAUGAGAUCCGCCGGUCGUACCCUAGAAUUGCCAAGUCGGACUCCAUGGAUGACAAGCAAGCCCAGUUGCUCAUUGAACAAGAAUACAAGAAGAAGGCCGGUCCAUUCCAUCAGAUUCGGUUCCGGCGCAUCAUCCUCGAUGAGGGCCACCUGAUUCGCAAUCCAGAGUCGCAGGUCUCGAUCGCCAUUCGUGCUCUUCAUGCUCAUUACAAAUGGGUUCUGAGUGGUACACCUCUACUAAAUCACACCGGCGAGCUUUGGGCAUACUUUAACUUUUUGGGGGUUCCUCAUAUUGGAAAAUUCGCCAAUUUCAUCAAGAACUACUGCGAUGGCAGUGAUAUUGCAAACCAACGCGUAGUCAAUAUCAUUCGUGCAGUGGUCUUCCGACGUACACUUAAAGCCCGACUUUUCUCACGGCCGAUCGUUAUUCUUCCGGAAAUCGCUGAAGUUACAGAAACUCUAGAGCCUUCUUUAAUUGAAGAGGCUCUAUACAACAUGGUUGCGACGCAGUUCAUUGAUACUUUCAACUCUAUGGCGGGCACGGAGGAGCAAGUGGGACAAAACCGGUGCUUCUUGACCAUGCUAAUGAGAUUACGCAUGUGCAAUAGCCACCCCUUGAUCAUUCAAGAGAUCCUCAAACUUAUUUUGAGAAAGGAUAGGAAUGGUGAAGAUAAGAACAUGAAGAAGCUCGUCGAUCUGGUCCCAGAAGAUGCCGAUCCGGAAGACCCAGAUCGACUUUCCGUAUCCCUCCUUCAGGGGCUCAGACAGCUAGGGAAUGGCAUCAAUACCCAUCCCACGACUUUAGAUGGACCACUAAACGCAAGGUUUCAGAAGUUUGUUUACGAUCUUAAGAGCGCGGGCAACCACGAAGAGUAUGACGCAAGAUCAAGAUGCGUGCUCUGCGAUGGUAUUCCGACUCAGACCAAGGUGACGCCAUGCAUGCAUCUCAUUUGCGAAGAGUGUCUUUUAGCUCUGCGGGAGAACUCCAGUGACAAUUCAGGUGGAGCUCCAGUGAUGUGCCCUGCUGGCUGUGAUAUUGAGGUGGUUGGUGAGGAGUCGCAUACUAUGAGCCCCGGUAUCCUCAGUUCCAGUUUCAAAACAGUAGGAGCUAGAGGGAGAUCUCAUGCCAUAGAUAUCAUCUUGGGCAACUGUACGGCCAAGGAGAAUGAUAAUGACAUUGACUGGGUUCGUAAUGCAGGGGGAGAAAUGCCUAGUACAAAAGUCACAGCGGCGCGCAGGAUUAUUCAUAAAUGGGUUACAGAAACAAAGGAAGACGUGCCGUCAGCAAGGAACAAGAUUGUCAUUUUCACGCAAUUUCGAGACAUGGUCACCAUUUUCGAAUUCAUGUGUCAGCAAGAAAAGUGGAGGUCUUGCAGAUUGACCGGCGAUAUGACCUUUCCCAGUCGCAAAGAGAGCAUCAAAGAGUUUGCCAAAGAAACUGGGCCGCAGGUCAUGAUCGCAUCUUUGAAAGCUGGCGGUAUUGGUCUAGACCUCACCAUGGCCAACAAAUGUAUCCUCAUUGAGCCCUGGUGGAACGAUGCUAUGCAACAACAAGCUUUUUGCCGUCUGUUCCGCAUUGGGCAGCAGCGCAAAGUGCAGAUCGUAAAGCUCAUUAUGAAAAACACCAUUGAUACGUACAUGACAGACAUGCAGAGUGAGAAAAAUGCGGAAAUUGACGGUGCCAUGGGUGAGAUGGCUUUGGCCGGUCGCAAUACUUCCAAGGAGGUGCUGGAGAUGUUUGGUGAGGUUGAGUGUUUGCAGGGGGGUGGAUUGAGAGUCAAUCGUCGCCGAGAGUAA